AUGGAGUUGGUUGACGCACUUUGCAAUGUCAAUAGCAUUUCACGUUGUUACUCUUGCCGGCUGCAGCAGUCUCUCCUCCAGCUGGUGAUGGAGGUCGUUCUUGAACGAACUCCAUCACCAGCAGGAGGAGAGACGCUGCUGACUGGCGGUAGGAAAAUAAGUGACAAAUUACGUGGUCUUGUAAACGGUGGUCACUGGAUUACAGUUACCGGCAAUCUGUACAACGUGAGCCUGAAGUUGACAUCAGCAACGGUGCUAGCAGCAUCAACCAACUCCAUUCCCGUGAUUCCCUUCUGCCUGGCGCUUCUAUUAAGGAUGGAGGAGUUGAAGCUGAGGAACCCAUCCGGCAUAGCCAAGCUGACUGGCGUGGCGCUCUGUCUUGCCGGGAUCUUAGUCAUCGCCUUGUACGCCGGGGAGUUGCUGAGCCCCGUCAACCAUCACCGUGCCUUCGCUGCUCCCACCCAUGGCCAUGCCUCUGCCACGGCAGCGAAAACGUUAAUGGGAGCCGCGUGGAUCAAAGGGACGUUCGUCGCGGGGUUUUUGGUGUCCGGACUGAACUACUAUCUCCAAGCAUGGUGCAUAGAGAUGAAGGGUCCUGUCUUUCAAACCGCUUGGACUCCACUCACCUUCAUCCUAACAAUAUUUUGUUCUUCCUUCUUUCUAGGAGAGAUGGUUCACCUUGGCAGCGUUAUUGGCGGAAUCCUGCUAUGCGGAGGCCUUUACAGCGUGCUAUGGGGUAAAAGCAGGGAAACUAAGACCGUGCAAUGCAACAUAGAGGCCACCAUGGUCGACGCCGGUGCUCAAGAUGAGGUUCACAGGCGGGAACUAGAAGGGUAA